CUCAUCCUCGUUAAGCUCUAAGCAGAGAAACAUUUUUUAUUACUGGGAAUUCCAAAUUUCCAAACAUAUUUGAAUCUCUCUAUUCUGCUACAAUUUACACCGGAGAAAGGGGGGAAAACGGAAUAGAGAGACGGCCGACGGAUCCCAGAGUCUGAGCAUGGAGCUUCCUGAUUUGGAGCAAAGGCUGAUGAUCCACAUAAUCGGGCAAGACGAAGCAGUCAAAGCAGUGAGCCGAGUAGCCCGCCGCUCCCGCACCGGUGUAAGAAACCCAAGCCGUCCCCUUGCGAGCUUCCUGUUUGCCGGUCCAUCCUCCGUCGGAAAAGCAAAGCUCGCCAACGCAUUAGCAAUCGAAUUCUAUGGAUCCAGUCAUUACUCCGUAAUUCGAUUCGACAUGGGCGACUACGAUCGGAAGCACUUGGUCUCCCACUUGACCGACUCGAUCAUCCGAAAACCCCGCUCCGUAAUCCUCUUCCACGGAAUUGAAAAUGCCCACCGCGACGUCGGCCACGCCCUCCUCCGAAUCGUCGACGACGGAACCCUCACCAACCAGAAGGGGCAGAGAGGAGAUUUCAGGAACGCCAUCAUCGUCAUGACCUUCGACAUUGUGCAGCCCGAAGUGAUUCGGACGUUUCGCACCGGCAACGACGUGCAACGGAGCAUCUCGCAAUUUCUGAGUGGCAUCCUCGGGGCCCAGAUAUCCAGCCGAAUUGAUGAGGUCUUGUUGUUCAAUGAGGUGACGAGGGAACACGUGGAGCAAAUUGUGGAGGUUAUGGUGAGGGAAUUCACGGGAAGGGUUAGGGGGCGGAAGUGCAUUGAAGUUGAAGUGACGAGUGGAAUGAAGCGCAGGGUGGUGGAAGAAGGGUACGACCCUAGUUGUGGAGCGAAGCCAUUGAAGAGCGCGUUUACACGACUGGUGGAAGAUCCACUGGCGGAUGCCAUUUUGGAUGGCAGGAUCGUGAGAGGGGGCAGACAUGUUACUCUUGACUACCAAAACCACCCGAUUGUUGUAUCAGAUUCAAGUAGCGUGUAAUAGGUAUUAAUUCUCUUGUUUUGUUGGCCUGGGUAAAUCGUUUCACUUAUUUGUCAUUUUGGACGACUCCGCCUUUCUACUUUAAUUUGUUUCAUCCAAACAAAAGGAUCCACCUUUCUACUUUGUUUUAUCAAAAAAGGAGAUGGGAAAAUGCCCACAAAAGGCUUUUAAGCAUACAGCCCAGAGGCAGAGCACACCAUAAAAGAAACUCAACCUUAGCUACAAAGAAGAAACCACAUGCCAAAACGGUUGCUGGGCUGCUACUACUGGGAAACAAACUUCAUAAGCUACAUAAGGUACUCUUGAAGUUUGUGGACCUACAGAUCAAAUCACAGCCUGCGGCUUACAUCUUUCUCACCAAAAGCUAACCGAGCUUGUACAGCAAAAACCACUUCGUUUUUACUUGGACAUGACACGGCAACAAGCAAUGGAAUGAAAAACAUAAAAAAAA